AAGCAAGUUCACCCAGAAUCGCGGAUUCAUUCUGUCGCUUUUUGUGCGCGUAGCAGUAUCACACCCGCUCCCGCAAUGGGAGAAGUUCCAAAAGUCACAGACCUGCCACAGGUGAUCGAGCCCCAUCUUCCGGAGGGUUGUACCCUAGACUCGUAUGUCAGCCGAUACCUGACUAAGCCCGGAGAUAACUACGGCAGCAUUAUGUUGGCCGUGCAGGCGAAAAUUCGGAGCUCAGACGGAGCUAUUCGGGACUUGCCACUGAUAGCCAAGCUGCCACCCCUCACCAAUGAACUUUACUGGCAGAUUUUCCAGCCUGAGCGCACCUGCAUCACGGAGAACGCGGUCUACCAGUACCUGUCAACCGAGCUGGACAAGCUGCAGCUCCAGGAGGGCAUUCUUCCCGCACAACUCUUCGAUGGCUUCCCGCGAUACUACGGCUCCCGCAUCUCGCUUGAUUCCCGGGCUUCAAAAGUGGAUCGGGAUGCUAUUCUCGUCCAGGAGAACGUUACGGUGCAUGGCUUCCGGCCGGGAAAUAGACACAGGCCGUACAAUCUGGCUGAAACUGUACUCGUCCUGCACUACUUGGCCCAAUACCACGCCCUACCCAUCGCUCUGCGCCUGAAGAAGCCGCUGGUAUACGAGGAAUACGUACGACCCUUCUUCAAGAAGUUCGAUAUGAACACCAACAUUAAUCCGGCCGAGAAGGAACUGAUGAAUGAUCAGAUUCUGAAGGACAUCAAGGCGGUGACCAGUGAUGAGCGGGACGUUAACCGAGUCAAGGAGCUGCUGGAUAUUUUUGACGCAUUCCAAGCCGGCAAGGAUGUGGACGACGGUCCCUUCACCACCAUUGUGCAUGGAGAUUUAUGGAUAAACAAUAUGAUGUUGAAAUACGACGAAAAUGGCACUCCAGUCAAGGUUAAAAUUGUUGACUUUCAAAUCGCGCAGUACGGAUCGUUGGUUCACGAUAUCAUCUUUCUCCUAUUCUCAAGUGUGGACGUAAAUGUUUUGGAGGAGAACUACUACAAUUUCCUUAAUAUUUACUACAACGCUUUCAUUCAAGCCCUGCGCGGCGUCAAUGUCGACACCAACAACUAUUCCAAAGAGAUAUUUCUCAAUGAGGUGCAAAAAGUGGCACACAUACAGCUGCCUCAUGCCAUAUUUAUGAUGAAGGUAAUUUUGGCUGAUAACAGCACGAUUCCCGAGGACUUUAAAGACGUGGAUUUCUCAGUGUUGUCCAAGAAUACUGGAGUAAAGACUAUUGUGACGAAGUUUGAGGCCAUCUUGCGACUGGGAAAAAAGUUUAAUAUUUUUUACUAAGCCAAUUUUGCUUAACUGCAAGCCACGGAAAUAAAUAUUUGACCAUAA